AUGUCUUCGGCUCUGCUCUGCGGGGGAUGGAGAGUGGGAUGUCGCGGAGGGUCUUGGGGCAAGGCAGAGCCUGACUUUCCUCUCCCAGAUCUCACUGACAGCAGCAGUUUCCAGCGAGCCAAAUUCUGGGUGAACGAGCUGCAGAACUUCGAGGAGAACUGCCGGAUCUAUCUGUGUGGCACCAAGAGUGACCUGCUGGAAGAGGACAGGAGGAAGCGAGGAGUUGACUUCCACGACGUGCAGGACUACGCGGACGAGAUCAAGGCAGAGCUGUUUGAAACCUCCAGUAAGACGGGCCAGAGCGUUGAUGAGCUGUUCCAGAAGGUGGCCGAGGACUUUGUGCACUUCACUGCCUUCCAGGUGAUGACAGAGGAGAAGGGCGUUGACCUGGGCCAGAAGAGUGGUACCUACUUGUACAGCUGCUGCCACCACUGAGACCUUCCGCCAAAAGGGAAUCGCUGCUGUGGGCUGGGCAGUCCACGCUCUCUAGACUUUUUCCUAUUUUUUACCUGCUGUAUUUUAGCUGUAUGGGCUGUCUGGCAACGUAGAAACAGAGCACAGCCCUGCGGACUGCUCUUGUCUUCCUGGACUUGGCGUGCAGAGCAGCGCCAGCCCUAGCGGGCUGCUGCACGGUGCUGGGACACUGCUGCUGUGUGAGGAGCUGCGAACUGGCGCCUCGGGACGCUCGCGAAGGCCUUUCCCUGCAGAGGCUGUAUCUGCUACCUGGUGUUUGAAAGAGCUGCUUCCGUGAGUCACGGCUCUGGCCAAGUGGCAGCUGGUAAUUUAUUCUCUUGGAGACAUUGCCUGAUCCUUUAUAGAUUAUUUAAGCAUCGUCUAUUGAGGUAUACAAUGUAAAUAAAAUGCAUUGUGGUCUGAGAA